GAAGAAGUUUAUCUCGCUAACCUCGUUAAUCUUUUAGAUAAUAUUUAUAUAGUAUCGAUUUCGCCUUAUAACUACUUCUUUCCGGUUAUGUUAAUGAAUAAGCUUUUCGAACUAGACUAUAUCGUGACUUCCGUCGGUAUAGACGCUUCUAUUAAACUUAUUAAGCGCCUCGUAUUUAUUAAGUCUUUACUUAUCGAAUUUUUAUCGUCUAUACUUACGGUUAAGUCGAGAUACGACGCCUUCUUUUAUAUCUUAAAGAGUAACGUAUCUAAUUCGACUUUAUUUAAUACUAGAAUUAGUGACGUAUAGGUAUAUAAUUUCGCUCUAUUCUACGUCGUUCCGAAAUCUUACUUAGUCGAAAUAUCUUUAUUAAUUUUAUCGAGACUAACGGUUACGUAA